AUGAAUUCAAAAGCAGCUACUGUGCUAGCAUUAACUGCUGUGGUGAGCUCUGUGACGGCCAGAACAGCUCUAGACUUGUCAAGCUUCCAGAAAACCCUGGAGAACGGAUGCAGAUGCGGAAAAGCGUUCUAUUCGGGUGCCAGGGAGAUGCGGAGGCUGGAAGUGAUCGGCUUGUGUCUUGAGGACUUGAACGCAGGUGUCGCUCGUUACUCACCGAGAGUGCCAAUUGAGACGGAAUGCCCUCAACUCGCAGUGUCAACUUAUGCGAGACUCAAUGAAUUUGCAACAUGGAGGAGAGAUUCUUUGCCUGGCGGAGAAAUCGGAGCCAGGUUUGACCAAUGUUUCUAUGCCAACUUGGGAUACCUGAGAGGAGAUGGGUCAUUCGACCAACUAGCCUUCCAGAAAGAAAUUUCAACUUCUUAUUUGGAAGAGCCAACUCUAGCCAGUGACAGAGACGCCAUCUUGCUUUUGCAGGCUGUGUUAAACAGAGCAAGGAGUCCAGUUUGUACAGCCAUAGAGAGACCGGAUGAGUACAUCAGGUGUGUGAGUUCUUCGUGCGCAGCGUUUAUAGUCGGUUGUUCUGAUCAGAAAGGAAAACCAAUCAUGUCGUCUCCGUAUGCUGAUAUUGACGAAGAAGCUUUGCUUGGAGAAGUUGAUGGCCGAGUAGAUGAAGCUUUGGAUGAUCAUAUCCUCGACGAUGACGACGAAUUUGUGCUGGAUCACGGUGUCGCGAAGCAUACCACAGCAAAGCCUACCUCGGUUUCCGAAAACGUUGAUCGAGAGAAAGUCGACGAAACUCCGGUCCAGAAGCCGCAGAAGCAUAAUCCAAUAGUUUUCAACGAGGAAUUGCCUUUGAAGAGUGUUCAGGAGCAUAAGCCUAUAAUUUUAUCGCCGUCAAGUACUGAAAAAGUUGUACCUUUGGGCAAAGAAGCUGAACUGAAGUUGAAACGUGCUGAACGUUUCGGAAUCGUGAAUGAGAACACUGCCAAGCUAGCGAGGAUCGCGAGAUUUGGAGAAGUGAAACCUCCUGCUGCCGCAGCAACGAAAACUACUUCCACUACCACUUCUGUCAAAGCAUCCAAAAUUCCUUUGCGUGGUCGUGGUAGAGGAAUUACCCGAAGUCCGCGUUCCGUAAAUCAAACCGCGGCGGAGAACACCCAGAAACCUGCGGCAAAUGUGGCUCCAGCCAAGGAAGUGGGACAACGCAAGUUACAAAGGGCUAUUCGUUUUCGUGGAACCACUUCGUCAACUGAUGAUGAAAAGAAACGAUCUCGUGCACAACGUUUUGGUCUAGUGAAGUGAUGUGUUUUUGACGUUGAUUCUUUUGGAGUUUCGUUUUCUUCCUUGUUGCUCUGGUGUCUUUUUUGUUUUUGGAAUAAAAUUAAAUUUCGAAUCCCCAGA